CUCUCACAUCCAAGUUCCUCCCCUCGCUAGCGCGUCCGACCCUGUACAAUGUAUGAGAAAGAAAAAGUUUAUCCAAACUCAGCAACAGCCCCAUCAGCAGAGCCAAAGAUUUUUCACUGUUGACAAAUACCAUCUCAACGCGAGUGUCCUUAACCCUGUUCAAAAGUCAUUUUGGCUCUAGCCCCCACCCCCAAAAUAUGUGAAAUGAGAAAAGCCAGCUGCACUUCCCGGUCGAUCACUCACAUAAGAAAAUCUUCAAGGGGAAAAUAAGUAUCUGUGAGCCCGAAAUUUUAUAGAUAUUCUGUCCCAGAAACGGUGUUGGCAAUCGUGACUGAUCAGAGAGGAAAAUGUUUUCCGAAACCUCUGUGAACUUAUUGAGGACUGUCUUCAUGUUGUCGUUGAUACCUCUAGGAUGCACGUAUUCCUACUUUUCCAUAUCAGAGCAAGAUGAAUCGUACAGCAGAGAGAACUGCCCGGAAGACAAAAUUAUUACAACCGAGUACCCAUGUUUGAAAGCUACUGGAGAACUUGCGACCUGCAUCAGGAAAAAGUGCUGUCGAGGUUAUAAAUUUGUUUUUGGUCAAUGUAUCCCAGAAGAUUAUGAUGUCUGCUCAGGGGCUCCAUGUGAACAACAGUGCACAGAUAAUUUUGGCAGAGUGCUGUGUACAUGUUACCUGGGAUAUUACUUUGAUCGCGCGAAACACAGGAACAGAGAGAAGCCAUAUUGUAUUGAUAUUGAUGAAUGUGCCAAAAGCAAUGGAACUGUAUGUUCUCACAUUUGCCUCAACACACCGGGGAGUUACAAAUGUGUGUGCGAGGAAGGUUUCCAUCUCAAAGAGGAUGGGAAGACAUGCAGCAAAAGUGAAAGUGCAGGCCAGUAUAUAAAAUCUGACAUUGUGAUGAAAGCUGGUACCUGUUCCACAACCUGUGAGGAUAUCCAACAGAUAAAACAGGCAGUGCUGCAGUUAAAACAGAAGAUCACUUUACUGCCCAACAACAUUGCUGACAUUAGUAAGCAAAGAUCAAACAGUGACAAGUUAUUUGCAUCGAACAGUUACAAUUACGGACUGAAAGGGCCCCCAGGGCCUUCAGGCCUGCCAGGUCCUGAAGGAAGUCCUGGUCCAAAGGGACAAGCUGGGCCCCCAGGACCACCAGGACCCAGAGGAAUGAUGGGACCAAUUGGCCCUUCACCUGACAUAUCUCACAUUAAACAGGGAAAAAGAGGAGCAGUGGGUCCACCAGGACCUUCUGGAAGAGACGGUGCCAAGGGUGAGAGAGGUGCUCCAGGACCAAGGGGAUCACCUGGUCCACCAGGGUCCUUUGAUUUCUUGCUUCUGAUGUUGGCAGACAUUAGAAAUGACAUUGCAGAGCUGCAGCUGAAAGUUUUUAGCCAUGGAAAUCGGGUCACUGGGGAAGAGCAGCAGAGCCAUGAAAUUCCUGACUGGGGAUCUGGAGAAGACUACAGACAUUAAGAUCCAUCACAGAAACCCGCAUGGCGAGCAUUAACAUGGAAGUGAAAUAGCUUUCAAAACUGCACUGCAAAUCUUUUUUAUUGGGACUAGGUUGAAGAGAUUAAACCAGUGAAGAUGUAAUAAAUUUUGCACUGUUGUUGUACAAUUUUAUUCCAUUAUCAGUAUCAAAGAAAAACUUUUAUCAAAUGUAACAAUUGAAAUAAGUAUUAGAGUGUUUAGAUAAAUCAAUAAUGUACCAGUUCAGAAUGAUAAAUUUUAAACAACUGACUUUUUGCUGAAUCAUAUCUGUGGGAAAUGAAUUGUGCACAUUCCUCCUUAACACACAGGUUGAAAAAAAAACAUUUUUAGUUUUAUUCAAGUCUUACACACUUGGGAAUUGUUUUAUUUUAAACCUUAUAUAUUGACGAUGAUAUCAGAUUACAAGAAAUUACAAAUUGGGUUGACAUGAAAGAUAUAUUUCUGUCUAUGUAUUUAAUUUAAUUUUACUACAAUGUUAACCUAACUGUCUUUCAAUCUAAUAAUUUCAUAUCUCUUUGAGUGAGUUCAAUUUCUAGGCCUUGGUCUUUUCAUUCACAGAAUGUCAGCAGCGAUGGCUAAGUCACCAUCUGUUGCCCUUCCCUUAUUUCCCUUGAGAAUAUCGUGGUGCCUUCUUGAGCCACUGUAGUCCAUGUGGCAUAGUUAUACCCAAAAUAUUGUUAGGGAGAGUUCAUGCUGACCCAGUGACAUUGAGGGAUUGGUGACAUAGAUCUAAGUCUGGAUGCUUCAUUGAUUGUCAACAUAGAAACUAGGAACAGCAGUAGACCAUUUGGCCCUUUGAGCUUGCUCCACUAUUCAGUAUGAUCAUUGCUGAGCAUCCAAAUUAAUACCUGCACCUGCUUUCUCCCUUUCUCCAUGAACUGUACAGUUUAUGUACAGAAAAUACAGGCGGGGUGGGGUAGGGAGUAGACAAUAGGAUAGAGCCCAAAGAGAGAGAAGAGCAGUUGAUAAUGGAGUUGAUAACGAUUCGGCUAGUGAGGUGAAUAGUUGUUGGAAGUAUCUUGCAGAUUGUGAUGCCAUUUAUGGCAACCGACAUCAGUUGACAACCAUUUCUUGAGUAAUGAAAUAGUUUUCGAUGUCUAUUUUAAACAUAGUGUUCACAAUUUUCAACCUCGCCUUCUUGUUUUGCUACCUGCUAUAUCCUUAACAUUGCAGAAGUAUUAUCCAGCUUUUGCUUUCUAUUUGUACAUAUUUUUAUUUCUAAAAUAUCUUGAGACAUAAUUUUCAAGGCUAAAGAGCCAAAACCUACCUAGUUAUUGAGAAGCUAAAAUUUAUUCAUCUGCCAUGGAGAAACAGCUUUAAUUGUUGACACCAUUUUUAAGAUGUGGAAACAUUUCUUGUGUCUCUAGGAUCAGAACCAUGUGCAGUAUCUCAGCUGCAGCCUGACCAGAGUACUGUAUAAUUUCAGCAUUACCUCUGAAGACUGAAGUGUCAAAUAUCCAGCAUCCGGUGUCUUUGUUAUGUAAAGCUGUUAGGUAUUAUCGAAGUGGUAAGCCAAUCACCUAUCAGAAAAUUUUACUCCAUCGUGUCAAACGUUGUAUGUAUUUGUAUUGAAUCCUAUUUCCUAUUAAUCAGAUGAAGCCUGUUGGGGCCAUUUUGUAAAGACAUAGCUGCUUUCUCUGAAUAAAAGCAGAAGUUGCUGGACAAGCUCAGCAGCUCUGCCAAAAUCUGUGAAGAAAAAAUCAGAGUUAGUGCUUUGGGUCUGGUGACCCUUCCCCAGAACUGAUGGUAGCUUGGAAAAUGUCAGUUUAUGUCAGUUAAUGGGGACUGUUGGUGACUGACAAUCGAUAGUGUGUAAUAGAAGGCUAUGUGAUAACAAGGCCUUGUGUGUGUGGGGUAGGGGGCUAGGACAUGGGAGAGUUUCGGCCCUACAAUUAUUGGACACGAUAUUGAGUCUGGAAAGAUGCAGGAUCCCCAAGCAGAAAAUGAGGUGUUGUUCCUCCCAGCCACAUCAUUAUCAACUCCUUUGUCUAUCCAACUGCUCUUCUCUCUCUUUGGGCUCUAUCCUAUCGUUUACUCCCUGCCUUACCCAACUCCCUAUUUUCUGUAUACAAACUGAUGUUUUUCCAGUCACCAUCACUUCUGAGGACGGUUCCCUGGAUCUGAAACAUAAACUCUGAUUUUUUUCUUCACAGAUGGCACUAGACCCACUAAGCUUUCCCAGUAACUUUUGUUUUAUUCCUGAUUUACAGCAUCCUCAGUUCUUUCAAUUUUAUUGUCUUCUCUGAAUGUCUAGUUUAACGUAAUUUGCAAAAUUAACUGUGUGCAUUAAGAUGGAAAAUCUAGACUCUUCAUGCAAAUCAGGAACUGGAGAGAUAUUUGAAUAUUAGCCCUGGCAUUAUGUUAAAUUCCUUCUAACAUCUCAAUCAAGUUUCACUUAAAACUGCAGCUUGCUUCUUUUUGUCAUUUAUAGAUCAAUCAACUUAGCCUUGGGACCCAAUAAUAUUAGUUUUUAAUAAGGCCUCUCAUACAGCACCUAAUCCAAGGGUUUUAGGAAGUGUGCAUACGAUAUACUGUACGAACUGCCUUUGAAAUUAUGGGAUAGAUUCUCCUCUGAGGCGUCUGUAAAAUUCAUUUGUCAGGCUCUACCCCUUCUACAUUCUAAUCAGCUGUAUUUUCAAUUUUUCUCAAGCAUUCCAUUUAUGAUCAUUAAUUUUAUUAAUUGUGGUCAAUUUAAUGUGUCUGUACUUAACAUAUUUGAUUGUUGCAUAUGGAAAUUAUUUUUGUCUCAUUCCAAUCUAUUUGAAUCACCUAUAGUUAUUGACUUCCUUAUCAUGACCAACAGCACUCCACAACUCUCCACACUAUUUUAAUGUGCUGAUGAUUAGUCCAGGAAAUGGGAGUUCAGUUUUCUUCAUGACAGCUUAACGAUCUGAAUACAGUUUCAAAAUUUUGGAAACUAAAAGCUGGUAUAAGCUAGUUGUUGAACUCUUAUUGGAAAUCAAAUGACUAUGGCUCAAAACAUAGAAUUUCUUUCUUCACCUAUAUGUAACUCCAGUUCCUUAUCUAUGUGACUAACUGCUGUCCAAAGUGGGCUAAUAAACCAUUCAGAUUAGUGAAACGACAGUAGGAAUGAAUGUUGAUCUUUCCAGUGAUAUGUACAUCCCAAAAAAUGAAUAAAAAUGAGUCUCUGAGAGUA